CUACACCAUACCCACCGACACCACAACAAUGUCGCGUCGCGAGCGACGGCACAUCCCCUACCUCUCCUUCCACAAGACCAUCAUCCGCGAAAUAUGCCGGCCGCAGAAGGACGACUUGCUCAUCAUUGCCAAGGGGCUGGGCCUGCGGCGCAUUGUGACGGCGCUCCUCAAGACAUACGACAGGAAAGAGGACCUCGUGAUUGUGAUCAACGCGCGGCCCGAGGACGAGGCGGGCAUCGGCGACGAGCUGAGCAUCAUGGGCGUGCGCGAGCCCGGCUUGCGCAUCCUCACCUACGAGAUGGGCGUCAAAGAACGCGAGGACAUGUACCGCAAAGGCGGGUUGUUUAGCGUCACCUCCAAGAUCCUGGUUACGGACUUCUUGAAGGGCACGGUGCCGGUCGAGCUUAUCACAGGGCUUGUGGUUUUGCACGCCGAGACGGUAAAGCACGGUAGCCUUGAAGAGUUCGCAGUGCGGCUGUACCGCCGCAAGAACCAGACUGGAUUUUGCAAGGCGUUCUCCGACGAGCCCGAGCUGUUCGCCCACGGCCUCUCGCCGAUGAAGGACAUGCUCGUCAACCUCAACAUGACCAACGUCAUGGUCUGGCCUCGAUACAACGAGGCGGUCAAGGAAGCGCUCAAGACACGGCAGGCAGAAGUCGUCGAAAUGUACCAGCCGAUGACGGAUCACAUGCGCGAGUGCCAAGACGCCAUCACAGAAUGCAUGGAGGCCAUGCUCGUCGAGCUGAAACGCGACCACUCGCUCAACCUCGACCUCGAGGAUUUGACGGUGCGCAACGCCCAGUUCAAGAACUUUGACACGAUCGUCUUCAUGCGCCUGCGGCCGGUGUGGCACAAGGUCGGCAUGAAGACCAAGAUCCACGUGCAAGCGCUGGCCGAGCUGCGAGAUCUGCAGACGUGGUUGUUGGAGUACGACUCGGCGACGUUUGCAGCGUAUAUCAACACGUUGCAACGGCAACACUUUCUCGCUCAGAAAAAGACUACGGGGCCAGGGCAGUAUCUGCACGACUGGUUCAACGCCAGCGCCGCAGCUCAGCUUGUGCAGGCUUCCCAACUGCGAGUUUCGAGGCCAAAAGUGACCAUGGUCGGCACCACGCCUUCCCCGCUUCUCGAUGGCCAGUGGCGUCCACCAGACGCUGGCGUGACCAACGGGCAAGAGACGCGCGACGAGUUCGAGGAGGACAUGGAAGCGGUGCGCGAGCUUGAGCAACGCCGCGACCUCCCAAUGGGAGGGCAUCCGACGACAGAGGAAGACGGAGACGAGGUGAUGUACGAGCUCGCGACACAGGUCGAGACGAUCCCGCAGAACGCGGCGGGCCGCUCGGCCGCAGACGACGACGAGGACGACCUCCGCGAAGCGGAUCCGAGCUGCCCGCCCGUGUUCCGGCCAAUCGUGUUGAGCGUGAACGCCGACCUCGAGUCGCGCGUACAAAGCCGCUUGCGGAAGGGACACGAAGCGGUGCUGGAAGAACAGCCGAAGUGGGCGCUGCUCGCCCGAGUCUUGAAGGAGAUCGAGGAUACGAUUGCACGCGUUUCAGACUCACACGCCGACCAACCUGGCACCAACACGGUGCUGGUGAUGUGCUCGUCGGACCGCACGUGCCUCCAGCUCCGGCAGUACCUCACCACCAUGGAGGCGACGGAUCCGCCCUUUUCGGCUGGCGCGGGGAAGAAGAUGAUGCAGACGCUCUUCCUCAGCAACUGGCAGCACGAGAAGAACGGGCAGCGCCUCGUGAAUCCGGCGCGGUACACCAACGGUGCCGGGGCGGACCAGGUGUCGACAUCUAAAGGGAUGGAGCAGCGCAUGGGCGAGGCCAAGCGGCGAGGCGCGCCAUCCUUCAAGCGGCGUCGGAUGCGUGCUGGUGCGCCGGCACGGGGCAGUCGUGAGCCAAGCAUCAAGGAGUCUACGAUGCGCGAGCUGUCCGCGUUCGAAGGCGGCGACGAGGACGACGAGAUGGUAGAGGUGCAGCCAUCAGACGUUUUGCGAUCUCGCCCAGCCGCGCCACCGCCUGCUGCCGCGUCGGCGUCGACUAGCUUGUUAGCUAGCGCUGGUGUGCUGGAAGAAGAGGACCUCGAGCCUCGGUGGCGCGACUGGCUCGAUCAACAAGGCCUUCUGGAGGACUGGGACGCAGAGUACGGUCUCUUGGCGCCUGAGGACAGCAUCAUAAUCCGCCCUUAUGGGGGCGAGGACGACGACAUUUUGCUGCAGGAACUCCGGCCGCGCUUUGUCGUCAUGUACGAGCCGAACCUGCCUUUCAUCCGGCGUCUCGAGGUCUACAAGAACUGCAACCCCGGCCUGGCGCUGCGCGUAUACCAGAUGACCUACACCAACUCGUUCGAGGAGGAUCGAUACCUUGCGACGAUGCAGCGCGAGGCGGAUGCGUUCAAGAAGCUCAUCGAGGAUCGCGGGGGUAUGGUGAUCCCCAUCUUCAAUAACAACCCGCGCGCGCCGAUGCGGGACAACGUCGCGCGCUCCAGGACGACAUACUCUACGCGUAACGCGGGUGGAGGAGAGGAUGCGCACGAAUCUAGAAUCAUUGUCGAUAUCCGCGAGCUGGGUGCGCUUCUGCCGUCGCUGAUCGACGCUGCAGGGAUCGUAGUCGUGCCCGCCACUCUCACUGUGGGCGACUACAUUCUGUCACCCAAGAUGUGCGUGGAGCGCAAGGCGCUUCCAGACCUGGAGCAGAGUUUGGCAAAUGGGCGACUGCAUACGCAGUGCGAAGCAAUGAGCGCGCACUACGAGAUCUGCAUCCUGCUGAUCGAGUUUGAGGAGGGCAAGUUUGGGAUGCGCACCAAGGAAGAUGCGCGGCGCGAGUCUGCCGGACGGGGAACGACAGAAGACGACGGGUGGCAGGACACGUUCUACCUGCAAUCGAAACUCGUUUUGCUGGCAUUACACUUUCCGCGGCUGCGGAUCGUGUGGUCGUCGUCUCCGCACGAGUCUGUCAAGAUUCUCUCUGACCUCAAGCUGAACCACGACGAGCCGGACGAGGAGACGGCGAUUAUGAAGGGGUCGACUGCGGACGAUGCCGACGCGCUGGCGCCGCACGUGGAGAAUGCGGCGGCGGUGGAGAUGCUGCGGGCGAUCCCUGGGGUGUCUGGGCACAAUGUGCGGCACGUGAUGGCGGGCGUGAAGACGGUGCGCGAGUUUGUCGAGUUGAGCGAGGACGCGUUGAAGCGGAUUCUGGGGGAUGAGAAUGGGGCCAAGGCGUAUCGGUUUGUGCACCGGGAUGGGCGGGGGCGGGGGCGGGGGCGGUGA